AUGGCGUUUCCCAUCACGCCGAUGAUGCCAACGAUGCCCCAGAUGGAGAACUUCAUCCAGAUGCACGGGACGCCAUACGACCACGACGGUGACAACCAUUUCUUGACCAUGAAUAGUGGUCAAGCAAGCAUGAUAGAUUUCGACUCAACCAACCUGCUGGUCGACUUUAUGAGCCCUCCUGCGAUGUUACAGGAUCCCAAUGAUCACUUUCUGACGGGGGGGAAGAUCGGCAUGCAGACCCCCAACCACAUGCCUUCGUACAUGCAGAUGCAUGAGGGAGCAACACCACUUGGACUUCGACUGGAGAUGGAAAGCCCACCCAAUCAUCUGCAGUACCCCCCCCCUGUCGGUCUUUCUCCGUCAAACUCCUCCACCUCCACAAGUGGUCUGCAAGAGCCUGAUGCUGUAUCGGCUGCCCAUCAUGCCUGGCCAUUCUUCCAGUGCAACCGCGUUGAAAAAUAUUCCUUUGCCCCACCUAAAACCGCCGCGAUCUACCUUGAAGGUCUGGCUCAAACCCUCCGGAAUCAGGCAACCUGGACGGCGUGGACCGCUCAGCUGGAUGAAUCCUCUUUAGACAUCUCAACUGAGAGAAAGAUUGUCACAGAGCCAAUCGUGGGUUGGUCGCGGGAGAAGUUGCUUGCCAUCACUCAAGGCUUCCUCCACAAGGCAUUGGAAAUCCACAAGGCUGUCCAUGCCAUUCGUGAGGAGACGCCGUCAAGCCCCGACUCUAGCCGCGACGCGUUCUUGAUGCUCCCUCCCCCUGAUGUCAUGCAGUACUUUCUGAGAAGUUAUGUGGUCCGCUACGAGCCCUAUUACUCGUCAGUUCCAGGUGGACGUCUCGAUCCCAAUGUCUUCAUGCAGUCACAUAACAGCAAAGCGGCCAGUCUGCUCAUCCUCCUCAUGGUUGCAUCCGGGGCUUCGUCGACCGCCACCGUCGAGGCGCGAUAUGUAGCCAGCGGAUUGACGGAAGCCUGCCGGAUUUCUCUAUUCGACACGAUUGAGAAAGAUGUCCUCCAAUCUCGAGAGGUCUUGGUACUCCGAUCGGCCCUUCUGUUCACCUGUCUUGCCGCGUGGUCCGGUGAUAAAUGGCAUAUGGAUAUGGCGAUGGGCCAGCGGGGCAUGUACCUGGCUAUGCUUGAUCAUUCAGGCAUGCUCAAUGCCGCUGAUUCAUGUAUCAACGUCGAUCGGUGUAGACAUGAGCCAGACAAGGCUUGGGAAGACUGGAAAGAACAUGAAGGCAAGCACAGGCUUACUCACUCUUGGGUUAUCGUCGACCAAGAGAUGAGUCUUUUCUCGGACACGACCCCGCUGUUGUCAGUAGUAAACCUUCACGCACCCAUGCCGGAUUCGGAUGACCUCUGGCAUGCCGAGUCUGCCGUGGACUGGCUCGAGCUAUUCGAGAAAGUCCAUGGCUCCACGUAUCAAAGUCCUGCGUCGGUACGGGACUUUUUCACCAGCUUUGUCGACGGAGAGCUGGCUGGCAAAGUGUUAUCGCCGACACAGCUACGGCUGCUGCUGCAUCCUUUGCAAGCUCAGGUGUGCCAGUUGCGACAGUUCAUCACAUGCUUACCAGAUGGUGGUAACCAGGGCAAAGCAUCCCGGAGCGUCUCCCGGGUAGCAACCAAGGCACGGUUGGAGGAGAUUUCUUCUCUCCUGCAGCACUGGUAUGCAAUCAGCAAGCAAAGCUUCUCGGGCAACAAGGGGACAUGUUGGACGACCUGCGCCAAUCUCAUCAUGUAUCACCUCAUCUCUCUGAAUGUGAUCUCGAGUUUCAAGGACAUUGAGCAGUUUGCCCGGCAUGAGGUCGCUCUGGGAUCCUUCCGGUUUGAAUCGUGGCUUCAGAUGAGAUGUAUCGAUCAGCCGGCCGAGGCCUACUUCCAUUGUGGACAAAUCCUUCGCCUGAUCCGAUCUAUGCCACGACCUGUCCGGCCUCCCUGGUGGGCAGGUGCUGUCUAUCGGGUUGCGUUGACAGGUUGGGCCACCAGUAUGGCGGGAGGAGGCGGGCGGUAUUCGCCCACUCAGGCUCAGUUCGAGCCUGACCGACCGUUUCCCAUUGAUGAUCUGACUCCAGAGAAUGAGGCAAUCAGCCGAUACAUGAAGUACCAAGAAGGGACGCCGAUGUUGUCGCGGCCGGAUGGCUCGCUUGCGCCGAUGGACGUGCCCUCGAACGUGCUUCAGCACUGUAUUGAGCUCCUUGAGGACGACUCGACGAUGCGCUUGGCCGAUGGCAUCAAACACAAGCUCCAGAUAUUCAUGCACAACUGGAAGGACAGCAAUUGA